AUAUUGACCAAGACUACUUAACAACGGAACCGGAAAUAGUUCUCUCUUGACAACGGAAAUCAACAGCAAAUUGAGCAAUGGCGGCUAUGGUGCGAUUGCAAAAACAAAUUGAUGGCAUUGUCGAAGAAUCUUAUCUUUUAAAAAAUGAAGCUGAAGAACAGAGGACUUUGGAGUACUUAGCCGCCCGAAGGAUUCAAGCAUGGUUUCGUGGUACAAGAAGCAGAAGUUAUUUGAAAUUCUUGAAUAGAUGUGCCACAAAUGUCCAGAGAGCAUGGCGUGGAUUUUUGGGGCGAAGGUACUUCAGGAUAUUGGUCAAGAAUAGUGUGUUUAUCAUGAAGUUGAAUUUCUACAACACAAUGGCCUGGAAGAUCCAGAAGGUCUGGCGUGGCUAUUAUGUGAGGAAGUACAUCUCAAACUACUACAGCAGAAAGCGCUACCUCGAAGCCUUGCAGGUGAAGAAUGAAAUAUUCAGAACUGAGUUGACUGAAUUUGCUGAACAACAGGCUCAAAUAAGAGAGAGGAUUGCUGAGCAAGCCCUGAGGAAACAGCAGGAACUGUCUGCAUUUAAAACUCACUAUCUCGUUAGCACAGAAGUUAUUCCAGGAAUCUAUAAUUCUCCAUAUCAGCCGUAUCCGUCAGAUGAAGAAUUGCUUUUGCGGAGUGUGAAACCUGUUAUCAGACGGAAGAAAAAGCAGACGGAUGGUUAUAUGUUUGAUCCUGCUUGGCUAAGCUACAACCAGCCUCGACCAGACAGCUUGCCACCAUUAAAUAACAAACCACAGGGGCCAUUCCGCGAACCACAAGAGGUGCAGAAUCAGCGGUACAAACCAUUCCAGCCUUCACUGCGGGUAUCCACUUCCUUCUAUUCGCUGGAAAAAGCAAGAGAUGAGAUGAAAGCCGAGGAGUGGGUUACUCGGCUGAUUGAUGACAAGUUUAUUCCAUUUUCAAAGUUGGAAAAACCAUACCAGCGUCUUCUUUACACUACAUCCAAAUUUGGCCAUCUCCCAUAUGGUAGCAAGUACUUUCGAGAAGAGCAGGCCGACAAGCAUGUUACACCCAAGUCAUUCAAGACGAUUGUUCCACCAAUUCCAAUAUUCAGCAAGCUAAACGAUACAUAUUCACAAGGUCAAGUUUAAAACAGAUUUAGAGAUGAAAUUAUUCAUGUUAUGUAACCUAGCUAUUGAAAGUUCUUGUGGGAACAUUUUCCUUGGACAGCUAACAUGAAAUGUGAUUAAUAUUCUAAGAGUGGAAAAUCUGUGACUUAUCAAUGUUGACAUUUGAACGCUGGAAUGAAAUGUUUAUCUGUGCUAUGACAUUACUGAAACUAUAACCUAGUUUUUUUUAAUGGUUUUCAUCAAUAUGUAAUAUUUAAUUUUGAUUUUUCUUCUUUUUUAAAUCCCCAAAAAGUAUUUAAUAAGUCACCAUUAGCAUGUGUGGACAUAUUUAUAAAAUCUGAAAAUAAUGUUGAGUAGUAAUAAAAUUGUAUUAAUUUUUAGUUUUUUUUCUUCACAAAUACCAAUUUCAAACACUUGUCUUAAUACUUGUUUUUGUUUUAUCAUUGAUUUGUAUGUUUUUUACCAUGUUAAGAUAGGUGAUUAAUGUGUACAUAUUUUUUAAUUUGGUUUGUUUCUGUAAUAUUUUUAUGUAGCAUAUACAUUAUAUCUUCAUAAAUUAUUGUGUAUUUUUUGUAUUGUCGAUAAUACAUAUCAGAUUCUACAAAUAACUUGUGUUUUAUAUAUCUUAGUUCGUUGUGCACAUUUGUGAUUAUCUCAUCAAGUAUACAUUUUUACAUUAGAAUAGUCUGGUCUUGAAAAAAGUUUUAAGAAAAAAGAGUAUCAUUAUUUAUUAUAUUUAUGUAAAUACAUAUUAUACAUGUAAACAAGUUGUCAAAACAUAUUUCGUCAUUUCAGGUUUUGUAUAAACUAUUGGAUAAUAAAACAAAAGAUGAUAUUUGAAAUGCUUUUCUGUAUGGAAUUACUUGAUAUCAGUGCCAAUCUUUUAGUGUUGAUUAAAAUUUGACUGAUC